AUGAUUCUCAAACGUGGAGCCCAUGUUGACGACAGGGACGGAAUGACAGACAUGACGCUUCUUCAUUAUACUGCUAAAUCAGGGGCCCUGGGAAACGAGGAACUUGCUUGCAAAAUCGCGGAAUUUCUUCUUGACCAAGGUGCUUGUUUGGAGGCCCGGUCGGGGUGGGAAGACCUAACACCCCUUCACCUCGCGGCCUACUUCGAUUGCCCCCAAAUUCUGCGCCUCCUUCUCUCUCGUGGAGCCGAUCCACUUGUCCGAUCAGCAGCUUUAGAGGGAGCUACUCCACUGCAUUUGGCGGCUGCGCAACUGUCCCUGGCUUCUGCUCGUAUUCUCGCGCCUCUGCCACUUUCCGUGGCGUCGAACGUUACCUCAACUGAUGCAAUGGAAGACCUAAAUCCACUAGAUUCGCCAUUGAUGUGCAAGGAUGCAUUGGAUACCGCUUUGCGAACGCCUUAUGAUUGCCUUCCACCAGCUGGUGAAUUACCCGAGCCCUUAUCCAGCAUGCGAGACCGGAUGGCCGAGCUCUUGGGUCCACCAGUAGACAAGAAAACUAAACUUCAGUUGGCGUUUCUGGGGGCCGGAUGCAGUCCAAAUUCAGGCUACCGGGUCCUACCUUCAGUCCCACAGCAUCUUCUUUCAGGUAAUUGGAGAAAGGAGACCCCUUCGCCGUCACCUCAACGCUCUCGCUCGACAACCACGCCAUUUUCGAAGAAUUCAAUCACUGAGACAAAUGGAUCUGUAAAUCCGGUAGAAUCGGUGCUCUUUGGCAUUCUAGCGCCUGCAUGUAGUUCUGAUGAAGUUGCAGCGCCAAGACCUGCUGAAACCGGGGUCCUUUCACCGAGAAGACCACGCAGAGCUACUACAUCUUCAACAGAACCCAAUACACCCUUCGCUUCUCCUGCCCGAACUCGCGUUUCAAUCAAUGCGUCGUCACCUCCACCACAACGACAAUCUCGUAAUCAAUCCUUGCUGCCACCAACUGUAACCACUGUUCCUUCUUCAGUCCAUCACAAUCAAAGGCAACAUCCAAUUCCUCAAACGGCUGUCUCCGCCAAGGUUACUCUUCGGGCGAUGGGAUUAGCACUUGGUGAUCGAGUAUGUGUGGGGCCAGGGGGUAGUGAAUCGAAAUCAAUCGACCCGAAUGCAGUUGCAACCAGUGGACGGAUGGGUCGCUUGAAGUACUGUGGACCAGUGGAAUUCGCAUCGGGAAUCUGGGUUGGUAUCGAAUUGGAUGAAGCUUUUGGAAAGAACAAUGGAUCUGUGAAUGGAGUGUUUUACUUCGAUUGUGAGGAAAAUCAUGGCAUUUUUGCUCCCAUUGGCCGAGUAUACAAGGUCAGCCGGACAAGCGGACAAGUUCGUCCUUGUGUUGUAAAUUCAAAUGGUACUAGACGAUCUACACCCACUCCAUUGCAAAAUAUCCCCAUUGAUGUUUCUCAUGUCGGCGCAAAGGUGGACACUGGUUUGCACAAAUCUCAAACUUCAGAGGAUUAUGCUCUCGGAGACAGAGUUUUGGUUGCUGGUCUUAGACGUGGAACUAUUCGCUUUAUUGGUGAGACUCAGUUUGCUCCAGGGCUAUGGUAUGGAGUGGAGUUGUCAAAAGCAGUUGGUAAAAAUGACGGUUCAGUUGAGGGCGUUAGAUAUUUCACAUGUGAACCCAAGCAUGGAGUUUUUGCACCCGCUUCACGAUUACAAAAGCUUCCUCCACGCACCACGAAAUCUCAUCUUUUGGCUGGUAAUAAUGACAUGAGCCAAUCAGUGCACGCGGAUUUCCUACCGGAUUGUCAACGAAGACCUGCUACUCCUGACUGUCCACGCAGAUCCGUCGACAACUACUCAUCACUUGGUCGCCCUCGACCUGCAACUGCUUCUUCGAAAAUGUCAACCUCUAUUUAUUCAAAUGGCGAGGGCUCCAAAAAGAAGAGCUCUGGAACUGGCGAAGAAUUUCAUUUGCAGAUUGGAAUGCAGGUCCUCUGCACUGGAGAACUUGGUUAG